GUCAUCCAAGCGUUUGUGUCCACGCUGCGCAUGCGCAGCCGCGCUGUGUUGUUGAUAUGUUCGCGGCGGACUCAGAGCGCUGAUCUCUGCGGGCUCUGGUGCUCGGGGACUCGGUCUCCUCCCCGCGGUCCAGCGGCCUGAUGGAAACCUCCAGAGACCCGGUGGAGCGUCCGUGCAGGAAGAGGCGGGACUCCUUUGGGAUGAUGGACGGUUUGGACGAGGACCGCAGCAGCUGCAGCACUGAGUCCAGCGGGGGCAGUGGAGCGUCCAGCCCUGAGGACAGUGAUGAUGAAGAGUUAGGAGGAGGAGGAGGAGGAGGAGUGACUCAGAUCACACACUCGUCCUCCCUGACACUCAUCAAGACCAACGGACAGGUGUACACGUAUCCUGAUGGGAGGACUGGCAUGGCGACAUGUGAGAUGUGUGGCAUGGUCGGAGUCAGAGAUGCUUUCUACAGUAAAACCAAACGCUUCUGCAGCGUCUCCUGCUCCAGAAGUUUCUCCUCCAACUCCAAGAAGGCGAGCAUCCUCGCCAGACUGCAGGGGAAACCUCCCACUAAAAAGGCUAAAGUGUUACACAAACAGCCUCUGAUGACCAAACUCACUUCCUGCUCUCAGCAUCAGAUCAACCAGCAGGGCGGCGCCAAAAAGAGUGUUGCUGUGGACAUGUUUGACUGGGGUCGUUAUCUUGGACAUGGAGACGUGACAGGAGCACCGGUCAGCUGCUUCAAACAUGUCUCCAUGGAGAAGUGGUGGAGAGACAUCAGUGAAGGAGUUCGUCUGGAAGUUCUGAACUCUGACAGUUGUUUACCUAUGAAGGUGUACUGGAUCGCUGCUGUCAUUAAACUGGCUGGUUUUAAAGCUCUACUACGUUACGAAGGCUUUGACAGCGACUCGUCCAGAGAUUUCUGGUUGAACCUGUGUGUGCCGGACAUUCACCCUGUGGGCUGGUGCGCUGCAGGAGGAAAACCACUGGUCCCCCCUCAGGGUAUCCUCCACAGAUUCACUAACUGGAAAAGCUUCCUGGUUAAAAGACUGACGGGCUCUAAAACGCUGCCAGUGGACUUCUCCUCUAAGGUGCAGGAGAGUAUGCAGUUUCCAUUUAAGAAGCAGAUGAGGCUGGAGGUGGUGGAUAAGACUCAUCUGUGUCGCACUCGAGUUGCUCUGAUUGAACAAGUGAUCGGUGGACGUCUCCGUCUCGUGUACGAGGAGUGUGACGACGGGACGGACGACUUCUGGUGCCACAUGUACAGCCCGCUAAUUCACAGCAUUGGCUGGUCCCGAUCCAUCGGACACCGCUUCAAACGGUCCGACGUGUCCAAGAAGCUGGACGCUCAGCUGGACGCUCCGGGACAGCUGUUCGCCAAGGUGAAGGAGGUGGACCAGAGCGGGGCCUGGUUCCAGGACGGGAUGAAGCUGGAGGCCAUCGAUCCGCUCAACCUGUCCACCAUCUGUGUGGCUACAGUCAGGAAGGUUCUGGCUGACGGGUACCUGAUGAUCGGUAUCGAUGGAUCGGAGGCGGCUGACGGGUCGGACUGGUUCUGUUAUCACUCCACCUCCCCCUCCAUCUUCCCCGCCGGCUUCUGUGACAUCAACAACAUUGAGUUGACACCACCUAGAGGUUACACCAGCCUGCCGUUCAGAUGGUUUGAAUAUCUGAUGGAAAGCAAUUCUGUGGCUGCUCCGGUCAACCUCUUCAACAAGGACAUCCCAAACCACGGCUUCUGUCCUGGCAUGAAGCUGGAGGCCGUGGACCUCAUGGAGCCCCGGUUGGUCUGCGUCGCCACGGUUACCCGCAUUGUCCACCGGCUGCUGAGGAUACACUUUGACGGCUGGGAGGACGAGUACGACCAGUGGGUGGACUGUGAGUCACCUGACCUGUACCCCGUCGGGUGGUGUCAGCUGACAGGCUACCAGCUGCAGCCCCCUGCUGUUAACGCAGGCUCCAGAGAACUUCAGUCCACUGCAUCCAAACAGAGGAAGAAGUCCCAGCAGUACAGAGGACAGAAGAAAAAGAGGAAGUUGCCCAUCGCUAAGCGACCAGUGAGUCUCUCUGGUGCCGUGGUAACAGGCGUCCCCAGGAGCCUAUCAGGAGACGAGAACGAGACGCCGCCAGAUUACCCAUCACCCCCCACUCCCGCCCCAGCUGCCCCACCCCUUUCGGCAGAGCCAGAGAGCAGCGGCAUCCACGGCGAGGGCAGGGCAGCUUCAAAGGUUAAAGACGAGGACACUGCGGGGACACAGGUUUGUCCUGACAGGACUGAACCAGCAACCAACGGAUCCUCCGCACCAUUCUUCACCGAGCAGGAGCAGCAGUAGCUCCGCCCACCCGCGCACUCAUCCUCCAUCCAGCAGAAGGUGCUGUGACAACAAGUUUGUGCAAGUGUUACUUUACUGUCCUGGGGCUAAUGCUAAGCUAACUACUCCCCGGGAGCCAAAGCUAAGCUAACUACUCCCCAGGCGCUAAUAAGCUAACUUUAUUUAUAGUAAAGAUGAAGUUAACCAGUAGGACAUCAUCCUCGCCCACUCACCAGCAUCUGUCGUUGGAAUAAUCGCGACUUUCAUGACUUUGUGUCGCACUCGAUAUCAAAUAUUUCAACUAAAGCCAACAACGUGAAUUUUUAGUAUGGGAGAUUCAUUCAUUCAUUCAUUCAUUUGUGUGUGUGUGUGUGGGUGUAUGUGCGCACGUGUGUCCAGGUAUUACUAAUGUUGUGGGGACCUAAACCUGUUUACACAGUCACAUUAUGGGGACUUGUCUUCCUUGUGGGGACAUAAAGCAAGUCCCCAUAACUUAAAUUACUACAUUUUAAGGGGAAGAUAUGUUUUAAGGUUAGAGUCAGGGUUAGGAUUAGGCCAGUAGUAAUUGUGGUUAAGGUUAGAGUAAGUCUCCAGGAAAUGAAUGUAAGUCAAUGCAAUGUCCCCUCAAGUCAUGAAUGUCGAACGUGUGUGUGUGUGUGUGUGUGUUGUUCUGCCCUUUGUAAGUGAUCUACUGUAAAUACAUGUGUAAUAAUAUUACGUUUGUUGUGAAAUGUGUUUCAUACAUUUAAUAGAAAGUCAAAUUAAAAUUAUAAACUUUCUUCAGUUAAAGGGACAGUUCAGCACAAUCAGAGCUCACUGCGCUGUGAGCGCCCCCUGCUGCUGAGACACAGAGGCUCACUGUCAGUGGAAACAGUGAUGCUGCAUAUCUGUGAGUCUGGUUCUGUCUGAGUUUUUUUUUCUGCACUGCCCCCUAGUGUUAACUCAUUGUGUGAAUUGUUGGGUUUAUCUGAUCCAUGAUGUUGUCUAUGUGCACAGACCUGAGAUCAUGUUUGGGAUGAUUCAGCAUUAUACAAACAAAACUGAAUUGAAUUAACCACUCACUCUCUCACACCAAACCUCAUAGAGAAAAUCAGUGAUUUUAGCUCACAGGGACAAAGGAGCUGCUGGUCCUCUGCUGCCUCAUGUGGUCACUUUGUGUCAUUGAGUUAAGUCUAAAUUAAAUAUUAUAUAAAUAAUAUUAAAUAUAUAAAAGACAAAUUUUACAAAAUAAGACAUUUGAACUUAGUGAUGGCGGCAGCAGUGGAUCAACAACUCCUGUGUAUAUGAUGUUAAAUUCACUGAUUUUCUCUAUGGGGUUUGGUGUGGGAGAGUGAGUGGUUUACAAACUUCCGUUUCCUGUUGGAAAAGUCUGUCUCACAGUGAGAUAAAGACGUGAUCAUGUGACGUAGACAUCAGCGACAACAGCAGGGGGCGCUCACAGUGCAGUCACAAACACCUGAACUCACAGCUUAUUCACAUAAAUACACACUUGUAGUUUAAUUGGAAUUAAUACAAGGUUUUGAUUUGAUCAUCUCAGGAAAACAAAAUAUUAAAAUCGUGACUCAAACAAAUCCAGUCAUGAUUUUUACACUGAUUUGACUUUUUCUUCCCUUUGCUGUCCAAACACAAACUUUUUACAAAUCUAAACAAGUGUUCAGUGUAAGAGUGUUUUUUUUUUUAAACAUGGUGUUUACUAAAUGUACACACACGCUGUAAAUGUAUAACGUGUCUGUGUUUUUUUAAAAGGAUGUGCAAUUUUUGGCAGCAUGAUUGUGAAGAAUUUAUUAGAUUUAGGUUGAAAUGACUCCCUUCAGUUUUAUGAAAUAAAAGUGAAACAAAAGACUUUUCAGGUUCAA